UCUCUCUCUCUCUCGACCAUCUCUCACUCCAUUCCGCUCACCUGAUCCGAGCCCGAACCCUCUCCUUCUCUCGUUCUCCAUCCGCUUUCCUGCAAACCCUAAUCCUGAUCUUAAUCCUAAUCCCCCGAGCCGUCAUCCCUAUCGACCCCACGCUCUCUCUUUCUUCUCGCCCUCGUAUUCUCCGGGUUUGUCUCCUCGGAAACCCUGAUUCGGGCUCUGCGGUUCCGAUCUCUGCGUUCUGCACAACCAGGUGCGGUGAGGAUGGCGGGCGGCAACGUGGAUCUGCCGGAGGAUCUCCUCCCUUCGAAGCUGGCGGACGAGGCCUGGGCCGGGAAAGAUCAAGUGACUUCUGAAAAUAAUAUUCCUCUGUCUCCCCAAUGGCUCUAUGCUAAGCCCAGUGACAACAAGGAUGCUCGGUCACCCAGCUUGGCACCUUCUGUAACCUUGCCUGACUCCUUUCAGAAUGACAUGCGGUGUUUUGAUGGCUCACUGGAUAAGAAAGAAUGGAGAAGGAAUGCCAAUGAUCUUGAAAGCAAUCGCCGAUGGCGUGAUGAGGAGAGAGAAACUGGUUUGCUUGGUAGGAGAGAAUGGAAAAAGGAAGGUGACCGAGAAACUGAGUAUCGUAAAAAUGACCGCCAUCCUGACAAUAUUUCUAUGAGAGAAGCUCCUGAUUUGAGGACUUUGUCCUCAUCUGAUUGGUUGCAUGAAGUUUCUAAUCGUAGUGCAGGCAAUGAAAGUCGCCGUGAUAGUAAGUGGUCAUCAAGGUGGGGUCCUGAGGACAAAGACAAGGAGCCACGGAAAGAAAAGAAAGCGGACGUAGAUAAAGAUGGUUCUCAUGCUGAGAAACAGUCUUUUAUUGCUAACCUCCGUCCCUGGUCUGGGUCUGAUUCUCAUGAUAGAUGGAGACCUCGACAUCGUCAGGAAAUUCAUUCCAGUGGAUCUUCAGUGCUCCGUGCUGCACCUGGAUUUGGUUUGGAAAGAGAUCGUGUUGAGGGUCCACCUGUUCCUUUCACUUCUGGUAGGGGUAGAUCAAACUCUGUUACAGUAUUGCAAUUUGGCAAAUCAUCUGCUUCUGGCCCCAUUGGUGCAGUCCCAAUAAAUAAAGAACAGUUCCGGUAUCCCAGGGGAAAACUUCUUGAUAUCUAUAGGAAUCAGAAGAUGUCUGUUGUUGAUGCUAUCCCAGAUGGUUUUGAAGAAGUUCCUCUAGUAACAGGAUCUAGUUCUCUAACUCCUUUGGCCUUUGUUGCACCUGAUGUAGAUGAAGAGGUUCUUCUGAAAGAUAUUUGGAAGGCGAAGGUCACAAGCCGUGAACUCAGUUUAAGUCAGGAAAAGGCAGUGAUAAUUAAUGAGACUGAGAUUGAUGGGGGCAAAACCAUAGUUGAGAAGAAACAUGAUGAAAAGGGAUCUAUUACCACUUCUAGAGAUCUGGAUACGGACUGCAAAAGUGAGAAUAAUCCUGACAUUCGGAUUAACUUAGUGGGGCCUGCUGGUCUGGCUCCGGUGGUGGUAGACCAUGAUGUUGUUUAUGAUAAACCAGUUUCAGAUGGUAACAUUAUUAAUUCUGAGAUUAAUGUUGGUGAGAUAGAACUGGUAAAUGUUGAUGGGCGAUCAUGUCUUUUGGACAUUCUGAAGAAUAUCAAGUUAGAAGGAGAGGAUUCAACUGUUUCACUUGAUGUUAGUGCUAUGUUACCUGAUGAGUCAUAUCCUUUGUUUGAUGCAUCUUUUGAGAUCCCAAACACCAACAAGCAUGAAAUCAGCAAAAUUGAGAAAAAGCAUUUAGAGCAGGGAACUUCUCUUGAGGAGUUGAGUUUAUUAUACCAGGAUCCCCGAGGAGAUAUACAGGGUCCUUUUCUAGUUGUCGACAUUAUCUCAUGGUUUGAACAAGGUUUCUUUGGUACAGAUUUACCAGUGUGUUUAUCAGAUGCUCCUGAGGGCACACCAUUUCAGCCACUAGGUGAAAUUAUGCCUUACUUGAAACUGGAGACUCAUACCAUCUCGGAUGCACCGUCUGCUGAAAAUUUUGAAGCUGUGGACACUACAAGGGGAAACCUGGAUGCUUGUGUUGCCUCGUCCCAUUCUAAUGGCUCUUUUAUUACGAAUGGUCAACAACGGGUGCUAUCAUGGGAUGCUCUGGGUCGUCACAUGAAACCCAAUGUUGUUGAGAGUGAAGCUUCAGUAAAUCCUAACAAAGAAAGGUUGUCUUUUUCCAAUUCAGAAGCACCUCUGGGUACCGCAUGUGUUGACGGAAAAAUCUUCCAGGAUUUUGCUGGGCAAGAUGCAGAAGUUGUAUCGUUUAGUGGUAGGCCUAUGAGUGACAUGGAGGUGUCAGGAAAGCUUGUUAAUGACCACAUUGCUCUAUCAAGCUCCACUACUGGUCAUCAUUUUAUGGUGGCGGAUACAGGAAAUACUAGUUUUUCCAGCCAUAAGAUUUCAAGAGAUAAUGACUUAAAUCCUCUUGGAUUGUUGUGGUCUGAGCUGGAAGCAACUCAUGUGAAGCAUCCCCUUUCAUCAACUAUUCCUCUCUCGUCUGAGAAGUUGAUUGACAAUCAUGAUGCUGCAAGAAAUGCCUUUCUGUUUAGCCACAAUCAGGAACAGUUUAAUUUAACAAGUGACUACCCUGUUGCUAAAGAAUCAUGGGCCAACAACUGCAGAAUGAGUAAGGGUUUAAACAUAAUUCAUGAUACCAUUUAUGCAAAUAACUUGUCACGGUUUGAAGCCCAGCCCAACCAAUUAAAUUUAGAGCAACAAUUGCUCUUCCAACAAUUACAAAAGCAGCAACAUGAAGAGCAAUGCUUGCUGGCCCAUCAAGAUGUUGAGUUUGCUGGAAAAUUCUUCAAUCAGAUGCAUAGAUCUGUCCACCAGCACCACCUUGUUAAUCAACGAUCUAUGGAGGAUCUAGAGCACCUACUGAAAUAUCAGUUUGAACAGCAGCGUUUUCUUGAUCAGUUGCAGCAGCAACAUCAAUUGCAUCAACGACAGCAACAACUGCAAGAACAUCAGAUGCAAUUACUACAACAUCAUCUUCAAUUUCAUGAACCUCAACAACCACAGAAGCAGAUUCAUCGUGAAGAUUUGUUGCAUCAGCAUUUACUUGAACCUGGUUCUGGAGCUUCAAAUAUUGAUUCUCAUGAGAUGAACAUGUUUGAACAGGUUCUUUUAAGGCAGCAUCUUUUGAAUGAGACACACCAACAGUCUCAUAAUCUUCUGCUGCAUCAUGACGCAACUAUUGAGCAACUUCUCCAAGCAAAUGUUUCCCGGAGCUUGCAGAGGCAGAAUCAUAAUGAUCUAUUGGAUGUUCUAUCUCAUUCCAAGCAGAGGCAGGUGCCUCCGUUAGAACAACAAUUUCUUUUAAGGCUUCAGCGCGAGCAGCUUCAAGGACAAAAAUACUCCACUGCUUCAAGGAAGCUGCCUGGCAUGGAAGAAGAGAGACAUGUAGGAGGGGUCUGGUCGGUUGAUGAAUAUGGUCAGUUCAUCAGAACUGCAGCUAGUCCCCACCAGAGCCAUUCUGCCAGACUUAGCCACUUGGACAUUUUGCGGACACCACAGUCACUUUCAUCACCUGAACAGCCGAGCCAUCUUCAUCGAAACUUUCCAUCACAUGAGAGAAUGCAACAAGGUCCUUAUGAACGAGGGCCACAUCCUAUAGACAGGUCAAUGCAUAUGCAUGCAGUUACUCCUAAUUCAAACUUGAAACUCUUAAAUGCCAUAGCACGAGCUCAAGGUCCAGAUGGACAAGGACAUCUUGAUCAUUUCCAUACUCCUGGUCAGAUAGGACAAUUUCCUUCUAGUGCUCACCCUUGUCAAAGUGACAUAUUUGAGUUCACCGGCACACACUCGGAUGCAGCAGAGAAGCUCUGGUCUGAGCCAAGCAGGCACCAACCAGCUGAUUUAAUGCAAUCCCAUCUGAAGCAGUUGCAAAUAGAAGCAGAAAAUCAGAGGAGGGGCAUCAAUAUGAUUGAGGACCCAAACACAUGGGCAUCAUAUGUAGAAAAUGAUGGAAACUCUGAAUAUGGGUUCAGAGACUUAAUCCAUCGAGAGAUUCCUCAAUCUCAACAUACUAAAGGGUUGGUAGUUGCUACUGCUACGCCAUCCUAUGAACAAAGAGAUUCUUCUUGGAUCUAUUCUCAGCCUGUUUUUGAACAUGCUUUUAAGCUUGGCCCAGAUAGAGCAGGAUUGAGUAGUUCUUUCUCAGAAGGUUCUUUAUUUGCUCAAGUAGGACAGCCACCAAAUGAACAACUUGUAAACAAUAAUUUGGAAGAUGGUGUCAAUAACUUUGAAAGUAGCAGGUCAACUUUGAGAUCUAAUUCUACAACAUCACUUGAACAGAAACAUUUCCAGUCAGAUAUGGAUUUAAUUGAAAGAGAUAAGUUUGUUAAUUAUGUUGGUGGUGCUUCCUUGCAACGGUUAGGUUUCUCCAAUCUGGUGGAGGGGGAGAGAGGGAAAAUGCAGGGUCUAAAAGGUACUUCUGGGACUCAAUCAGCUAUGGAGACACAGGAAAGUGGGGUCAUGCAAUUCGAAGGUGGAGGUCAUGAAGAGCAACACAUUGACAAGCCUUCCAGACAUGAUUCAUCUGGCAAGGCUGGUGGAGGAUUGGUCUUCUACAAUUAUGAAACGGGACUUGAUAGUGCUAACCUUGAGGAGACCAAUAACAUGAUUUCUGGUGAUCUGCCAAAAGGAACUGACAAAUUGUUCUCGAAACAUGCCUACGAUCUUCCUGCUACAUCACCUGCAACAGUAUCAGACCUGAUCUCUUCUCGACCUCCCGAGAGAAGGAAUCCUAUUACUUCUGGAUCUUCCAAGGAGGGAAAGCGAGAAUCUGCAGGGAAUCCGGCAUCUCAAUCUAUAGAGACGUCAAUCUCCAACAAGAAAGACUUGCGAUUUUGUCAAACUUCCUCGGGCAAUAAUGCAGAUGUUAUAGAACCUUCAUUCAGUGAGAUGCUGAAGAGCACUAAAAAGCUGAUGCCUGAGCUUGUUGAGACUCUAGAAGCCGGUUCCAUUGGUAAGAGUGCGAAAAAGAGGGGGAAGAAAGGGAGGCAAAUCGAUCCAUCGCUCCUUGGAUUUAAAGUGCAUAGUAACCGUAUAUUGAUGGGUGAAAUCCAGCGCCCAGAUGAUUGAGUGUUGCACCCAUUCCAAGCAGUAUAUGAGGUGGUGCCAUUCCAAGCUUUGUACAGGCCCACGUGAUUCUUUUCUUCUUCUCUCUUGGCAGAUAAAGUUGUAAAGCAUGGUUCAGAUUUGAAAUUCAAGAGUGGCCUCUUUGUAUCGGCGGCAUGAAACAUGUGUACCGAUCAGUGAGAUCAAUACAAGUCGCAUCCUGCAGUAUAGCCUGCCUUGGAAGUCGAAACUGGCCUGGGCGAUCAAUAGCCGUGACAUUGCUCCCCUCUGCAGUUGAUUCACCGGUUCUUGAAAACAGAUCCGAGGCUCCUGUCUGCGUUGAAACAUGUCUCUUUCACUUCAUGACUCUGCCAUAGGGACGGGGGUACCUGUGUAUAAAGCUCCCGACAAUAUUGAAAUUUUGAUGAGUUUAAAUUUUAUUGAUGGAAAGGACCGGUAUACGUAUCGAUCUGAACAAAUGCCUAAAUGAUACAUCAAAUUAUAA